AUGGACUUUAGAAAAUGGCGCCCACGACGCUCCAUUAUUUUCGGCAGCUGGGGGGCUGAGGAGUUCGGUCUCAUUGGUUCUACAGAGUAUACAGAGGAAUUCUUCAGCAAACUGCAACUGCGCAGCGUGGCCUACAUCAACGUGGAUAUCGCUGUCUUUGCCAACGCAACCUUCAGGGCUCAAGGGACCCCACCGGCUCAAAAGGUCAUUUUCCAGGCAGCUCAGCAGGUCAAGACCCCAGCUGACCAGUCCCUCUCGGUCUACGAAAACUGGAAACACCAUUUCAACCGGAGCAGCCCUGUCUACGGCAUCAUUCCCAGUUUAGGGUCUCUGGGCGCUGGGAGUGACUAUGCCCCCUUUGUGCAUUACUUGGGCAUCACAUCCAUGGAUAUAGCCUACACCUACGACCGGAGCAAGACUUCUGCCCGCAUCUAUCCUGUGUAUCACACGGCCUUUGAUACCUUUGACUACGCCGACCGGUUUAUCGACCCAGGGUUCACCAGCCACCAAACCGUGGCACGGACCGCCGGCAACAUCCUGCUGCGCCUGGCCGACUCCUUGUUCCUCCCGCUCAACGUCAGUGACUACGGGGAGACCCUGCAGCAGAUGCUUACGGCGGCCGAACAAGGCUUCCAGGCUGAGUUGGUGAAGAACAACAUCUCCCUGGCUCCACUCAGAGAGGCCAUCUCCCGCUUCCAGUCUGCAGCUGCCGGUCUGAACCAACGCAUCUCUGACCUGCAAAAAGAGGAUUCUCCCAACCCUCUCCACAUCCGGACGGUGAAUGACCAACUGAUGCUGCUAGAAAGAGCCUUCCUGAACCCCAGAGCUUUCCCAGAGAAGUAUUAUUACAGCCACAUCCUCCUGGCCCCCAGGUCCUCCAGUGUGGCCACCUUCCCUGGCCUGGCCGAUGCCGCCUCCAGCGCCGACUGGGAUGGAGCGCGCAAGCACAUGGCCAUCGCCUGCCAUGCCAUCGAGAACGCCGCCUCCCUCCUCGAAGCUGUGGCUGAAUGACGGGGUCAAUGUCACCAGGACGGUCCUACCAUUGCUUGAACAAAGGAAUAAAGAAUCCAACCA